CCUGCUGUGGGGGGCUGGGGGAUGAUGGGUGGGACGGGGCACCCCCUGACCCGUGUCCUGCACACACAGGGGUGUUCCAGUGGAUGAGAAAGUACGAGUGUCACUUCAUCAAUGGCACCGAGCGGGUGAGGCACGUGGGGAGGUUCAUCUACAACCGGGAGCAGUACGUGCACUUCGACAGCGAUGUGGGGGUGUUUGUGGGGGACACCCCACGUGGGGAGAAGGUUGCCUGGAACUGGAACAGCGACCAGGAACUUCUGGAGCUUGCAAGGGCUGGGGUGGACACGCAAUGCCGGCACAACUACGAGGUGUUCACCCCGUUCACUGUGAACCGCAGAGGUGAGCGUGGGGCAGAGCGGGUCCCCUCGGCCCCUGCCCCGGGAAUGACCCUGGAGCCCCUCAAACCCUCCCUGGGAA